CACGUUGCAGACCGGCUCCCUCACCAUCAAUUCUCGCUUCUGCCUAUGCUGCACCAAAGCGGUCUAAGGGCGGGAGAUGAUUAUUCCAGCACCAAGGAACCACAUCAGACUUCAUUGGAUAUCUGCUGCUCAGGCAUCUCGGGCAUGCGACUGCACAGAAAUGGGCCUAGUCGAAGCUCAAUGACGCCAUUUCACGCGGAUGUUGGCAGAUCAUCGAUCUGACAGGUCAUGUGUUUGCGCAACGGGUGGGGGGUCAAUAGGACUUAUUCAUGUGGAGAGACACAGCAUGUCAGUGGAUAGCCCAUGGGAUGACACAGACAGAGGACCCACUCUCAAACUGUUGGAGAACUGUGCAUUGACAACCUGCAGCUGGAAGUCCGAUUGCGCACAGGGCUCCUGAAGGGCAAACAUCGGGGCAAGCGAGGUGGGGGACAUCAGUUGCUGCUGCCGUGGUAAAUGAUUCUGGGCUGGAGGCAUUGACAGUACGACGAAUUCGAGCCUUGGGGUUUCUGCUCGUCUCCUCGCUGAUGCCGGUUCCUCCCACACGCCCUCGUCCCUGAAUCGACUUGAGUUUGAUCAUGCCGCACGCUACGGCCAGAAGAGACGUAGUAGGGGUAUCUCAGCUCGUGCUCUCUCUUCCGCUGCUUUGGCAUCUCAUCUCACAUCAUGGGUUCCUCCGGGACCAAUGGGCGCCACUUCGCCGAGAUCAUCCUCGAGAGCACCAUGCUCGAUUUCGCCAGUCCGAGUGCGGUUUUCGCGCUUCCAGCUCUGGGAGACACUUCAUGUGCUUUGCGGCACCUUGAGCGUACCUUGAGAGCACCGGGGCCAUUCAGUGAUGACAUGGCAAUGCUGUGCGACUCGAAGAUUAGACGACAAGGGACGACGGUGUCAUUCGUGAAGUGAGAACAGUCGAGCCGAUGCCUGGGCGGGUGUGGACCCUGAGACCCGACGCGUCUGUUUGGGACGUGGUCUGGUAGAGUUCUGGGAACUCAGUGAUCGACAUCGGAUGUUUUUUUUCGUGAUCAGCCAACCAAAUAUCGUUCGAUUCGAAUAGGCGUUAUAACAGCCACCAUAUAAUCUCCUGUUGUUACACGUCCACCAUGUCGUUUAACACUUCGAGUGCCUACAUCUCCGACGCCUGGUCCGGGUACCUCGCCCAGGCGCAGGACGUCCCGCGCUCUCGCUGGCUGCUCCUCGCACUCAUUAAUUCCCCCCUUCUUGCUAUAUUCUUCAACGUCUUAUGGCAGAAAAUCAUCCCCAAGAAGGCUUCGGAUCCGCCUCUCGUCUUCCACUGGUUUCCUAUCAUCGGGUCCGCCAUUUGGUACGGAAAUGACCCCGUAGGGUUCUUCCAGAGCUGCCAACAGACAUACGGAAAUGUCUUCACUUUUGUUCUUCUUGGUCGCAAGGUGACGGUCGCGUUGUCUGCCAAGGGUAGCAACUUUGUGCUGGGAGGAAAAUCGAUUGCUUUCAAUGCUGAGGAGGCUUACAAGCAUCUGACCGUUCCCGUCUUCGGCAAAGAUGUCGUCUACGACAUUCCCAACGAACGAUUCAUGCAGCAGAAGAAGUUCGUCAAGUUUGGUCUGACCACCGAAAACUUCAGGGCAUACACUGGAAUGAUUGAAGAGGAGGUGGAGAACUUCCUCAACAAAGAUGCUGUAUUCAGCGCCUUCCAACUGAACGAUAUUAACGAGUGGGGCCAAUUCGACGCGAUCAAGGCCAUGGCCGAGAUUACCAUCCUCACCGCUGCACGAACUCUCCAAGGCCCGGAAGUUCGCGCGGGAUUGGACAAGUCUUUCGCUCAACUUUACACGGAUCUCGACGGUGGAUUUCAGCCCAUCAACUUCCUCUUCCCCAACCUGCCUCUUGAGAGCUAUCGCAAACGCGACCGUGCGCACAAGAAGAUGAGCGAGUUCUACAUUGAUAUUAUCAAGAAACGCAGGGAACAUCCGGAGGAAGCCGAGAGUUACGACAUGAUUUCUUCCUUGCUUGACCAGACCUAUCGCAACGGGGACCGGAUUCGGGAUCACGAGCUCGCGCACAUUAUGAUCGCUUUGCUUAUGGCUGGCCAGCACACGAGUUCCGCGACCCUCUCGUGGACCAUGCUGCACCUGGCAUCCGAACCAGAGACUGCGAACGCACUCUAUCAAGAGCAAGUCGCCAACUUUGGUAACGGCGAUGGGACUUUCCGCACCAUGACGUUCGAGGAUCUCCGCAAACUGCCUAUACUAGACUCCUGCAUUCGUGAGACUCUUCGCAUGCACCCCCCGAUCCACAGCAUCAUGCGUCAAGUGCGUGAGGAUGUACCCGUUCCCCCUACUCUGGCCGCCCCAUCCAAAGACGGUGUCUAUGUCGUGCCCAAGGACACCUACGUUCUUGCGUCCCCUCUCGUUGCUCAAAUCGACCCUGCCAUCUGGAAAGAAUCGGACAAGUGGCUGCCCUCUCGGUGGUCUGAUGAGCACGGCGUUGCGAUGGAAGCGCUCAAGACAUACACUGACGAAAGUGGAGAGAAAAUCGACUUCGGGUUCGGUGCUGUGAGCAAGGGAACGGACAGUCCUUACCAACCGUUCGGAGCCGGAAAGCACAGGUGUAUCGGCGAACAGUUUGCUUACCUGCAGAUUGGCACGGUGUUGGCUACUUUGAUUCGCCACCUUGAGCUUCGUUUGCCCAACCCGGUCCCAGGUCCUAAUUACCAUACUUUGAUACUCAUGCCAAAAGAUCCGAAGUCCAUCCACUAUCGUCGGCGGCGACUGGCAUAGAUUGAGUAUCGUUAUUUAGACAAUAUAUUAUAUAUAUCUGGAGCUCAGUGUCAUACAGCCCAGCAGGUAUCUGUAGCAUGCGUAAUAAUGUCUAGGCAUGAAAAAGACAGCUGAGAAAUUUCAUGUCGCUCGGACCAGCCCCUAAUAUGUAAUUUCCUUUCUUGGACUGCGCCCUCAUGGCAGGGUUUUUCUUUCCUUGCCCGCCUGACUUUCACUACGGACACUUGAACUCUUAUCCAUACGGGAUCGAUUCGUAUAACGGCCAUGAUCAGGGACAGUAUCAAGACCACCUCUUCAACAAUAGAGACGAGCGCAAUCACGACGGAUAUCAGGAAGAAAGCCACCACGAGCGGCAGCACCGGCCUUACCGAUCACGCAGGCGGACACCGACACCACCUCCGCCUCCAACUCUUCCUUCUCAAGAAUACCUCGCGAUUUCGCGCUCCCCGCAGCCUGCAACGCCGAUUCGUGGUCAGCGCAAGCUGCUCAUAUUUGAUCUGAAUGGGACGCUCCUGCUGCGCUCUGCGCGUGGGUACUCCCCCCGGCGAAUCUUUCUGAGGCCGUAUGCACGCUGCCUCGCUGCCUAUCUCGCGCACCCAGCUGUGCAGGCGUGGCUGGACUGUAUGGUAUGGAGUAGCGCCCAGCCGCACAAUGUGCGCGAAAUGGUGGUAAAAGUGUUCGGAGAGUCGGAGGGCGAUGGGAAGGGGUCUAUCCUGCGCGCGGUGUGGGCGCGGGAUACGCUGGGGCUGUCCAGGGACGCGUAUCAUUCGUGAACCUUCUCUUCCUCUUUCUGUUCGAUUUCUUGCCACUUGCCUGCAGACCAGAAAUCACAAACGACGAAAGAUCUAGCAAAACCUUGGGAGUUCUUCACUAAGCCCCAAUCACUCAGGCGAUCAUCAUCGCCCUCGAUAUCUUCUUCUCUGAUAACAGAUACCACUUGUCUUCCAGCUAACCAGGACACGACUGCUCUGGGUUCUUCAUCGUCCAGUCAUAUCGCUGAGCCUUCGUUCGAUUCGAAUCACUCUUCUUCUCAGUCCUCUUCAUCACUGCGGCCCGAGCUCUUCCCGCAUGGCCCCGAAACCACAUUCUUGGUCGACGAUUCGCCUCUUAAGGCGCGCUUACAACAAUGGAAUCAUCUCUGUGUUCCUGAAUACGACCCUGAUGCGAGGAGGCGCGAUCGGAUAGCUGCAGGACUGAGCCCGGAGGAAACGCCUGAAGAUAAUCUACCGAGUGGAUCUACGACGAACGGUCCGGAAAAAGGGAUGGAGGCGGCUGACUCUGGAGAGAUACCCAUCGUGGAGGAGAUUUCGUUGAAGAAGGAUCGAUGGCGGAAACGGCGAAAGCAUGAACAAGCAGAGAGCUCGGACAAGGAAGAGAGCGGAUCGAGCGACCCAUCCCCGCCCGAAGAGACAGUUGAGAUUGCGACCGCUACUACAGCUAUGAGCAAGCGUGCCAAGAGACGAGAGAGAAAGCGGUUACUGCUUGAGGCCGAAGGAACUUCAGCUGCUCCAGAAACGGGUGUGGCGGAUCUUAAACGAGCUGCCGUCGGCAUUGAGAAUGUUUAUUCAUCGCCAGCUCAGGCCCCAUUGAAGCGCAAACGCAGCACGGAGGGGAAUGAAGUGGAGCGUGGGCCGGACGCCCAAGUCGCGGACAGCGUCGUAGCUUCAACCUCCACAGAAGAAAAAACGGCCGAAGAUCAUACUGCAGGCGACGAUGCCGCUGAAACCUUUGACCCCACGCUUCUUGCUGUCAUUGGCAUCGUGUCUCAUUCGCGGAACGUGGGGAAUGUCGCUUCUUGGAUUCGUGCAGGCGGAUUAUCCUCAGCGGGAGAAGAUAGGAAGGCGACCCCAUACGUCAACCCCGCCGAGUGGUUUGUGACUCGAUCGGUGCUUUUUUUCUGGGCUGCUCGAGGGCGGCAAGCUUUGGCUGAGCUCGGAAUGGAGGCCGAAUCUGGAAUUGACUGAUGCAUCCAUAGAUCGGAUCCUUUCGCUAUAAUCUGGUGUUGUAAUACUGCACAAGAUGUGUAUUAUAUUGCUUAUAUUGCUUUGCUAGUCGGAACGAAAAGUUUUUGUCUCUCAGAGGGCUGUUGGAAUCAAAUUUGUGUGCUCAA